UUAUCGCACUCUCAUUUUGUCCACAAAUUAACACCUAGAGGCUGCUAAGGGUGGGUGUGGUUGUCAUGGGUGAUAUAGUGUUAACUAGAGUUCUGCCUGGUGGUUCUAUAAACACUGGUGUUCUUAGUGUCUCAAAUCGGUUUGAUGUCGCACGCAUGCCGCCAAUUGAAGAGGGACAUAAUUCAGCAGUGCUGAUGGCAAGAGAUGCUCGUCAAGAAGGCGUCAUCCAUCGUUUCAACUUCAGAAGGAGGGCGGAUGGAACCAAGCAAACUCUAACUGGUAUGAAGCCAUUCUUUGAACGUCAUGAAUUGCAAGCUGGGGAUCAAAUUAUGAUCUCUCUUGUGCAAGAAGAACUGAGGUUAUUUGGAAGCGUCAUUCACCGCCGCCCAGUUUAUUCAAUUGAUUUUGAGAGGGAGCCGUAGUCUAAAUAGGUAUAUUUAGAUUGGAAUGGUUUUUUUCUUUAUUAAUAUAUUUUUAUGUACGGAGUCUUAUUUUACCAUUUGAUCUAUUUUAAACUAUUGUAAAAAUAGCUCUUGGAUAGGAGACAAACCAUCCAAGAGCCUGGAGUGCAUUAAAUAUUUCUGCGGAAUAAGCUACUUAGAUAGAAACCAUUCCCUCGCUCCAUGUGGAUACAGAAUAUU